AUGCGGUCUGCUCAGCCGGCUGCCUCGGCAGGGCUGCGCUCCGGCAUCGUCACUCUGCUGAUCCUGACGGCUGAGAAAACGGAGGUACUUAGUGAAGACCUGUUGCAGAUUGAGAGACGUCUUGACACUGUGAGAUCUGUUUGCCACAUUGCACAGAAACGAUUAAUCGCAUGUUUUCAAGGCCAGCAUGGUACAGAUCCUGAUAAGAGACACAAAAAACUUCCUCUAACAGCCCUUGCUCAAAAUAUGCAAGAAGGAUCUGUCCAGCUAAGUGAUGAAACUCUGUUGGGGAAAAUGCUAGAUACAUGUGGCGAUGCAGAGAAUAAACUGGCAAUGGAGCUCUCUCAGCAUGAAGUACAGAUCGAAAGAGAAGUUUUAGAUCCACUGUGUCUACUAACAGAGACAGAGAUACCAAACAUUCAGAAGCAGAGGAAACAGCUUGCAAAGCUGGUAUUGGACUGGGAUUCUGCAAGAGGAAGAUAUAACCAAGCUCACAAGACUUCAGGAACAAAUUUUCAAGUGCAUCCUUCAAAAAUAGAAUCUCUUAAGGAAGAGAUGGAUGAAGCUGGAAAUAAAGUAGAACAAUGCAAGGAUCAGCUAGCAGCAGACAUGUAUAACUUUGUGUCCAAAGAAGGGGAAUAUGCUAGAUGUUUUGUUAUGUUAUUAGAAGCACAAGCAGAUUACCAUAGAAAAGCAUUAGCAGUCAUAGAAAAGGUCCUACCCGAAAUUCAAGCCCAUCAAGACAAAUGGACUGAAAAACCAGCUUUUGGAACUCCAUUAGAAGAGCAUCUCAAGCGCAGUGGUCGUGAAAUUGCAGUCCCUAUUGAAGCCUGUGUAAUGAUGCUUUUGGAAACAGGAAUGAGAGAGGAGGGCUUAUUCAGAAUCGCUGCUGGAGCCUCCAAGUUAAAAAAGCUGAAAGCUGCCUUGGACUGUUCAACUUCCCAGCUUGAUGAAUUUUAUUCCGAUCCCCAUGCUGUUGCAGGUGCCUUGAAAUCCUAUUUGCGAGAGUUGCCAGAACCUCUAAUGACCUACAGUCUCUAUGAAGAAUGGACACAAGCUGCAAAUAUUCAGGACCAGGAUAAGAAGCUACAAGAGUUGUGGAGAAUUUGUAACAGAUUACCGAAGCAUUAUCAUGCAAAUUUCAGGUAUUUAAUCAAAUUUUUAGCAAAGCUUGCACAGAACAGCGAUGUUAACAAAAUGACACCCAGCAAUGUCGCAAUAGUUUUGGGCCCCAACUUGUUAUGGGCAAAGAAUGAAGGAUCCCUUGCUGAAAUGGCAGCAGCAACUUCAGUCCAUGUGGUAGCAGUUAUUGAGCCAAUUAUUCAGCAUGCAGACUGGUUCUUCCCUGGAGGUAAGUUCUUGCCAUAGUUAAAAGAAUUUUGUGUCUGUAAUAACCCUACACAGGUAAACCUCCCUCACACUGGGAAUGAAUAUGAAUCUGGGACACUGGAACGGAAGAGACCUGUUAGUAUGACUGUAAUGGAAGGGGAUUUAUUGAAGAAGGAAAGCUUUGGUGUCAAGGUUAUGGACUUCCAAGCGAAUCCUCGGAGAUGUGGCACUAUAAAUAGAAAGCACACAUCCCCAGCUUUCCAGCCACCACUUCCACCCACGGAGGCUGGCGUGCUGGCUCAGUCUGGAGCGGAGCAGCACUCACAAGCUUCUGUGGCUGAAACAAGCCCAGUGGGUGCUGGUUUUGCUCUCUCUGCUGGCACAGCAGAACAGUUACAAAGUCAAGGAAAUGAGGAUGUCAGCACCUCCAAAUCUAAGGACAAUACGUCUUCAGCUACUCCUCCACCCGUGAGAAAUGGUGGGCACGCGGGCACUGGCCAGAACCAGUCAACAAGUAGCAGUAAUCAGCUUUCUGUUAAUCAGCCACAGAAUGCGGCAGGUCCCAGUCCCCAUUCAAUGAGGAGAGCUGUUAAAAAGCCUGCGCCAGCCCCUCCCAAGCCAGCCAACCCACCGCCAGGGCAGCCGGGAAGCCAAAGUUCUGCCCCAGCUGCUCAGCCACCUUCUAUCUCUCCAAAACCACCAGCUAGAAGUUCUUCUCCUCCCACUCAACAUACGAACCAAGGAGCACCCCAGACCUCCGCUUCCCAGGUUUCUGCACCUCGGAGAUAUUCCAGCAGCCUUUCCCCGAUACAAGCUCCCAGCCAUCCACCACCACAGCCCCCAACGCAGGCUACUCCUCCCCCGCAGCCCAAAUCAACCAGUCAAGCAUCUCCUCCUGCUGCACCCAGCAGUGAGCAUGGACCAGAGCAGCCCUGUUACACUCCUCCGCAGACUCCAACGCCGCCCGAUACUCCCCCUCUAGGAAAACAUAACGCUAGUUCCCCAUCGUCACAGCCACAGCCAUCUACUCAAGAGACCUCUCAGUCUCAGUCUCCACCUCAGAGUGGAACGCUGCCGAGGCCACGGCCGGUACCAAAACCCAGAAAUAGACCUAGUGUUCCCCCUCCGCCUCAUCCUCCUUCUCAGCUGGCUGGAGAUGGUAUUAUUGCAAAUCCCACGCAAACGGCUUCCAAAAUAGUAACAGACUCUAAUUCCAGUAUUCAAGAACCACUUCAAAACCCUUCUUCAGAGCUCCUUACAGAGACAGCGAGCAAAGAACUGCACAACCAUCUCAUGCUCGAUAUUGACAAUGACACGGAAAGCACUGCUCUGUAAUGGAAACUCUCAGACUUUUCAAAGGUUCCUCUCCUGGUGGGAAAACUAACAGACCUAACAGUGAAAAGCUUCUUUUG